AUGACCGCCGCCGGGGGUAGCGGAGAAGCGAACGGCAUGGGGACGCAGGAGCCCGGAAUCCUGCCCCAGGCCCCGCCCUCUGGCCUCCGCCUGGCUCGCUUCGGCUUCCGCGGCCGGAGGAAGAAGAAGGAGGGGGUGAUCCAGGGGAAGCUGCGUAUCCGCUCCCCGCCGGGAGCCUUCCUCAUCCUGGGGGUGAUGGUGGUCGUCGUGGGAACGGCCGUGGCGGUGGCCGGGUACUGGCCCUACAGGGCUCACCGGGCGGGUGGGGCCGGGGGCGGGGCCUCGGGGGCGAAUGGCACCCGGGUGUCGGCUGGCGGGCGUGGCCCUGGGGCGCGGAGCAUCCUGUCGACGAGCGGCCUGGUCCACAACGACCGCAUGAAGCUGCUGGGCCCCAUCAUCAUGGGGGUGGGGCUCUUUAUCUUCAUCUGCGCCAACACCAUGCUGUACGAGAACCGCGACCGGGAGACACAGCAGCUGCUGGCCCAGGCACGCAGCGUCAUCUGCUCCAUGUCGGCCGCCGUGCCGCCCGACGACGACCUGCCGCCGGCCCCCCGCGACGCCGACUUCCCCUGCCACUACCAGUGGGUGACCAACCUGGCGCCGGCCGACCUCAACAUCCGCUGCCUGGAGGAGGCCGCGGGCUCCGAGCCGCUGCUGCUGCAGGUGCGGGCCGGGGAGGGUAAGUGGGCCGAAGGUGGGGGCCGCCCGCCCGCCGGCACCCUGCUGACCAAGGCCCUGCACCACCAGGAGUCCUCCUCACCCUCCAUGUCUCUGCGCUCCGUCCACUCCGACUCCUGCAACUCCAGCCAGAUCAACUUCAACGUGCUGACGGGCUCCCCGCUGGUGGAGCGGAGGGUGGUGUCCAGCACGGGGGCGCUGGCCUUGCCCCUAAUCAAGCUCAACAACUGUCUGAUCGAGGCUUCCCCCUCUUCCCGGGGCAGCUGGGACGCCCCUGCCCUCCCCAGACGCUCCUACAGCCUGAGCAGCAGGACUAACCCCCGGGAGGCACAAGUGGGCGGCGCUGGCCAGGACCCCGCCCUCGCUGUCGCCAUGGCCACCGCCGACAGGCCGACAUUCCUUCCCGAGCCGCUCAGGAAGGACUACAACUCGGACGUGUGCCUGAACAUGGUGGGGCUGGCGGACGCCUGGUCUCCCAGCCCGAGUGGCGGGGUGCCUGUGGAGGAGCGGAAGCACCGCAGCUGGCCCCGGCUGGACCUUGGCAGCGCCAGGAGGUACCUGAAGCUGGAGAACAAGGAGGACUCUGUGGACAGGCUGCUGGACCAGCUGGAGCAGCAGUACUCUCAGUGGGAUAAGGUCUGCGGCUCCGGCCCCUUCCAGUGAGGACUCCAGAGGCCACCGUGUUGGUCCGUCCUGCGACGGCCAUAUUGGUAGGGGCCACUUGUCAAAGCCAUGUUUGCUGGACGGGGAAGGACUUGAGUCAGCUGGUUCAGCUGGUGAGUUUUGUGCACUCACUCUGGAUGGAGGUGUGGCCAAAGGGGAGGGCGGAGUUCAACGGAAGCCACACCCCUCAUUCCCCGGUCCAGGCCGUGCACUCUUUCACCCAAUGGGAUGUAGAGCAGAAACAUUCUGAGGAUGUGCUUUUUUUGUGGGGAGUGAAAACAAAAUCCUUGUUUUUUUUUCCAAAAAACGUGACACAAUGCUUCCAGAUAAAGACACGUAUUAACCGAAGUCCCGGGAGGAGGUUAAAUAAGAUCGCCGUGGUGGAUGUCAUUUUUUUUAGAAAGCCUGUUUGCAAAACAAUACCGACCCCAUGCUGUCUUGAGUCACGCAGGAAACGGCUGAUAUGACGAUUUGUUUACAGGAGAGCGGUCUGCCUGUCCAGUAAUGGGAAGAAUGCAGUUGCUUUCAGUGCCAAAAUGCUGAGUGGUCACAGAACAGGAAGAGCAUAUUGAUGGGAUAUGUUUUUAAUGGAGCUCUGUCUUCACUGUGAAAUCAAUUUAAAAAAAAACAUUUGACUCAGAAGCCAAGAACCUGAAGUUAUUGAUAGCUUUUUGACACAUUGAGCCCACGUGAAGCAAUGAGAGGGGCACUAACGUAUAGUCAGAAACAGGUAGCCAUUGGCUCGGUGGAGGUUUAUUCGUGGACCACAAAUAAACAAAACACUGUGUGUUUUCCCCCCUCCUUUUUUUUAAUGUGAGCGAUGUACAUAGGCUGUCCUUUCAGGGUCGUUUGCGGCGAUGUGCAUUAUUAAACUCUCUCAUUGAUUGCCUUUCACCAUUGAUUUGGCCGUUUCCCAGAAUGCAACCCUGUCUCCGCCUGUAAUCAACAGAGGGUCUCUGUGGUAGAGGACGCAGAGUAAAGGCAGGAGUAUCCCCAGGCUUCAUUAUAAGGAGCAAAACGGCAUUUUCAUGCAUAGUACUGAGGACGGGUGAGCACCCCAGGGGGGUGAAGCUAUUCCGGCAAGGCAAGCUUUUCCACACAGGUUUACAGAAUGAGGAUUUUUUUUCUCUCUCCUGUCAGGUUGCUUUUUUGUGGACAAAUUGUAUUCCAACUGUAUUCCAAGCAAUAGCUCAAGUUUGACCGAAUGAUCGAUUGGUCCUGUCAGGCCGUUUGGAGCUGAAGAAAUAAACUACACAACGCUGGUGUUUGAAAC